AGUCUGCAAAGGCGAUUCAUCAAAGGGGACCUCCUCCACGACGCGACCCCUCAGCAGUUGGUGCGAAUGGAUGUGAGUGAGAAGUCAUCCCAGGUGCCAGUAAAAGCAGUGGACAUUGGAAUUGGAGCUGAGAACGCCAUAAAGGAACUUAAGAAGCAGAGCAGGGCCACAGGAGAGCUGUCAGUCCUUCAGUUCAGAAAGGACUGCAUGGAGGGUCUUGUGAGGAUAGUCAGGAAGAUUCAAGAGAAGAGUCCUCUAAAGUACUCAACAGUGAGACAGAUGAGGUGUCUCAAUCCAGCCCGCAUGUACUCGAGUCCAGAUUUAUGUCAGACACAAAUGAAGGGGUUGGUGAAACAGUUCCUGCAGGACAAGAGACUGGAUGGAGGCGUGUCUGCUAGUGAUGUAAUCCUUCAACAGUUUGCCCAGCUGUUGUCCGACGUGAGGCGUGACCCAUCCUUCCCGGCCUUCAAGCCCAUGGAGACGAGACUUGAUGCCUUCCUCCAUCAGCAUGUGAGCGGUCGUCAUCCAGAGCUCUGGGCUUUCAUGCAGAAGCUCCUGGUGCUGUCUCAUGGGCAGGCAACUGUCGAGAGAGGAUUCUCGAUAAAUAAAGAAGUGGAGACAUGCAACAUGCAGGAGGACACUUUAGUUGCACACAGAAUUGUCUGCGACUUUGUGUCAAGCCAUGGAGGGGUUUCAAAGGUCCCCCUCACCCAAGAGCUCCUCAGCUCUGUGUCAUCUGCAAGAAGCCGGUACCGCAAUUAUCUGGAGACAGAGCGCCAGAAAAGGGAAUCUGGGGCCCAGUCGCUGAAAAGAAAGGCUGCUGAAGAUGACCUUGAGCAACUGAAGAAAAGGAAACGUGCGGUGCAAGAAGUUGCCGACAAUCUUAUCCACGACGCUGACCGGCUGUCAGAACAGGCAGAGGGGGUGCAAGGAACCAAGAUGGCUGAGCUCAUUGCCAAAUCAAAUGCAUUCAGACGGAGCCAUAAAGAAAAAGUGUCAGAAUUGAAGAAGCUGGAGGACCUCAUUGCAUCCAAAGGGGACGAACUCCGUAAAAUGUAGUACGACACACACACACACACAUACGCACGUACAGUAUGCUACAGAUAUACA